GAACCUGAAGGAUCAGUUGCUGAGCCAGGAGCACCUCUCCAGUGACGUGGGCACUGGCAGCCGUCCCAGCCGCCGCCGCCUUCCUCCCUCCUGGCGAACCCCCUUUGCCGGCGCGGCGGUCGGUGUGGUCAGGCUGCGGCUGACGCAGGAGCCUGCCCGCCUCCAUCAAUAUUUGCUCAGGCACCAGGAGGGAAGGUUUUAACAGCCCCCGCUGACGCAGGGAGCUCUGGCCUCGCACCUCCCCUCCCGGGCUGAUGUGCUGCCUGUCCCACAGAUGGUUCUGGCAGCCGGCGAGGAGCAUGAGGGACCGGCUGGCAGAGCUGCAGCAGCGAGUGGCGGCCGAGGGGGACCCGCACGAGGAUGCCUUGUGCUUCGACAACCCAGCGUUCGGAGAGGACGACGGCAGCUCUGUCAGCCGGGCGCUGCGGGAGGCGGCUGAGCUCUGGCAGGCGCUGGACGGGCUUGAGCAGCUCUCCGAGAGCAUCGACAGGAUGCAGGAGAGGGUGCUGUGCUGCACUUCUGAGGAGAGCAUCUCCCAGGAGAAGCAGGAGCUUGGCGCUGCCAGAGCCGCCUUUGCCCACGAGGCCAUGGCCCUGCAGCCCCAGCUGGGCGCUCUGCGGGCAGCGCCGGAGCUGGGGAUGGGGCAAGCGGGACCCCGCAUCCGCCAGACCCAGCUGUGGCUGCUGCUGCGGCGCUACGGCACCGUCCUCGCCCGCCACUACGCCCGGGAGAGCUGCUACCGACAGAGGCUGAAGGAGCAGAUGGAGAGGCAGGCGGAGCUGGCAGGCAUUGACCUGGGGGCUGAGGACUUGGACCGGUUGGCCGAGAGCCCCGAGGUGCCCCGCAUCGUGGGUUGGGACCUGGAGGUGCUCAAGGCCAAGCAGCACCUGGCCUUGGCCCAGAUGCGCCAGCGGCAACUCCUUGACCUGGAAACGCAGAUGGCGGAGCUGCACGGGCUCUUCCUGCAGCUGGAGGGGCUGCUGGCCGAGCAGCACGGGGCCACCGACAGCGUGGAGCACUACGUCCUGCGCACCCUGGACUACGUCGCCCAGAGUGGCGGUGAGGUAAAGAAAGCCUUCACGUACCAGCGGCCAUCACGGCUCUCGGCCCUGCUGACGGCUGUGCUCAGCCUCUGCGCCUGCUGCACCUGCCUGUCCUGCCUCAGCGGGACCAUCCGAUGAGCCGGAGCUGCACCGGGAGCUCUCACGGAUUCCCAUCGGUGUCUCUGCAAGAAAUGAUGUCACGGGAGGCUGCUGCUGUCCUGUACUUCUUGCAGGGUGGUGCAGACCACGCAUGCCUUGCUCAGCAUCGUGGGGACCACACAAGCCUUGUAUGAUGGUGCAAGGACCGUGCACACCUUGCUCCACACGGGGACCACGCCAACCAUGUGCAAUGGUUGGGGCCAUGGACACCUUGCCUGGCAUCAUAAGGACCACACCAGCCUUGUAUGAUGGCACAAGGAGCGCAGACGCCUUGCGGGUAGCACGGGGACCAUGCACACCGUGUGUACCAGCACGGAGACCAUGGCCGGGCUGCGGGACUGGCCCCCAGAGCUCUGCAGCACUCAGCGAGGAAAACCACUUUAAUACUAUGAAACCCAACUUAAAAACUUUAAUGUUCCAUUAUUAUUAUUUAUUUAAAGGAGAGGGAAAAAAGGGGCCUGUUGAAGUGUUUGGUAUAUUUGUUGUUAUGUGCAAGGGGAGCCAAUGGCUCAGCGCCACCAUGGAGCUGCAUGAAGGAGCCUCCACCACAUCCAACUCUUUAUUCUCCCCACUUUCUCCAAUUUCUAUUUCCUGAGUGUUUUUUAUGUGCAUUAAUGUGUCAUUUUCAUCGAUGUUUGUUUGUAAACAGGUGAUCAGGCUUGGGAUGGGCAGUCAGGUGUCCCACUUGGCCACCCCCCGUUGUGACACCAGGAGAAUUUAUACAGUUGAUGUAGUAUGGGGGCAGAUUGCAGGAGAUGGGCUCUUCCUUCACCCUGCACAUUCCUAAACCAGACACUAUCACCCGUGUGCUGGGAACUCAGUGGGACCGUUUCCUCUGGUCCCCACAAUAUCGUCUGGAUUUCCCAAAGCCACUCCAAUUCAAGACAAGGCGGCAGAACCGGGUUGAGUUUCUCAGGAACCCUUCAUAGAAGGUCCCUUUGUGUCCUCGCAGUUCCUGGGGUCGGGUCCCAAUUCACUCAGCCACCCUUUGGAUUACUUUUAUCUUCUAGCUGAACCUUAAUAAAAC